CGGGGGCUGGGGCCGGGCCGGACCGGGCCGGGCCGGGGGGGGUGGGAGAGACACCCGAGAGUGAGAGCGGCGCCGGGCGCGCGCGGCCAAGAAGUUUGCAAUUGAAUUGCAAAAAGCUGGAGGUGUUUUUGCAAAGGUGGAGUGGAAGAACUGCUGCUGCUGCCGCCGCCGCCGCCGCUGCUUAAUUGCACAUUCAAGUGGAAAAUUUUCGGGAGUCAGCAGAAACAUUGUGUCCCAAAAAGACUAAGUCGCAGUUACCACCAAACCCAGGAGGAGAUUCUCCCUGGAAAACUUCCCUUCGGUUUCUUUUCUUUAAAAGACUCCAAGCUUUGGCUUGGAGACCCCAACCGUCACCAUUGAGCCCAGCAGCUGGAGCGGCAGCGAAAGUCCUGCCGAAAACAUUGAGAGAAUGAGUGACUCUGCAGAUAAGCCCAUUGACAAUGAUGCCGAGGGAGUCUGGAGCCCAGAUAUUGAGCAGAGCUUUCAGGAGGCCCUGGCCAUUUAUCCACCUUGUGGGAGGAGAAAAAUCAUCCUAUCAGAUGAAGGCAAAAUGUAUGGUAGGAAUGAACUAAUAGCAAGAUACAUCAAACUCAGAACAGGGAAGACGCGGACCAGGAAACAGGUGUCUAGUCAUAUACAGGUCUUAGCAAGAAAGAAAGUUCGGGAAAUUCAAGCCGCCAUUAAGGUGUCUAGUCACAUUCAGGUUCUUGCCAGAAGGAAAUCUCGUGAUUUUCAUUCCAAGCUGAAGGUAACAAGUAUGGAUCAGACAGCGAAGGAUAAAGCACUGCAGCACAUGGCAGCCAUGUCAUCGGCCCAGAUAGUUUCAGCAACGGCCAUUCACAACAAACUGGGACUGCCGGGAAUCCCACGCCCCACGUUUCCUGGCGCACCAGGGUUCUGGCCAGGAAUGAUACAGACAGGUCAGCCGGGAUCUUCACAAGAUGUGAAGCCUUUUGUUCAGCAGGCUUAUCCCAUCCAGCCCACAGUCACUGCCCCCAUUCCAGGGUUCGAGCCUACAUCCGCACCAGCACCCUCAGUACCUGCUUGGCAGGGCCGUUCCAUUGGAACAACCAAACUUCGACUGGUGGAAUUCUCAGCUUUUCUUGAACAGCAGCGAGAUCCUGACUCAUACAACAAACAUCUCUUCGUGCACAUUGGCCACGCCAAUCAUUCUUACAGUGACCCAUUGCUUGAAUCAGUGGACAUUCGUCAGAUUUAUGACAAAUUUCCUGAGAAGAAAGGUGGUUUAAAGGAAUUGUUUGGAAAGGGUCCUCAGAAUGCCUUCUUCCUUGUAAAGUUCUGGGCGGAUUUAAACUGCAACAUUCAAGAUGACACAGGGGCUUUCUAUGGGGUAACCAGUCAGUAUGAGAGUUCAGAGAAUAUGACCAUCACCUGUUCUACCAAAGUCUGUUCAUUCGGGAAGCAAGUAGUGGAGAAGGUAGAGACGGAAUACGCAAGGUUUGAGAAUGGCCGAUUUGUGUAUAGAAUAAACCGCUCUCCAAUGUGUGAAUAUAUGAUCAACUUCAUCCACAAGCUCAAGCAUUUACCAGAGAAGUAUAUGAUGAACAGUGUGUUGGAAAACUUUACAAUUUUGUUGGUGGUAACGAACAGGGAUACACAAGAAACCCUCCUCUGCAUGGCCUGUGUAUUUGAAGUGUCAAAUAGUGAGCAUGGAGCACAGCAUCAUAUUUACAGGCUUGUAAAGGACUGAGCACGGUUAUUUAUAUAUACAUAUACACACACAUACACACACACGUCAUCAUGAAACUACAGACUGUAAACCUCAGUACUAAGUGGCCGGGCCCCUGGCCCAGGGAAGCCCCCACGGUUUUCUAAAUCCUGUCAGAGUCAUUUUUCAUGUGUUCAUAUAUCAUUGUAGCUGUGAAAUUCUGGUACAGUUGUUAAAAAAACAAUUCUUUCUAAAAUGAUAUGUUCUUCAGAUUUGUAACCCACAGUUCUUUGGGGAAGAUGACACUUAAAAAGCUGAGGUCUCUAUCUGGGAGACCUGUUUUUAAUUGUGGUAAAAAAUGUAAGACAGAAGCAUUUGCCAUGGGAAAUUUACAGCAUUUAUACAAAUGUAUUUAGUUUUUUUCUUCCAACAUAAAAUACUUGUUUUAAGAUGCAAGUAAAAUUAAAAGUGAAACUUUAAGUAUAAAUGUAAAGAGUACACAAAGUGAAGAAACUUUAGAAUAUCUUUGUAACUAAUUAGGGUGAAACGAAUGUAAUUCACUAAAUUAUUUUUUAAACAAAACCUUUUUUUUUCCUUUUUGAAACCAAAUGUUACAAUGUAGCCUUAAGAAAUGCUUGGUAGGAAGACCCUAAUGAGGCAAAAUUGUAUUUUUUUCCUCACCAUUUAAAACUAAUUCUCUAAUCCAUUAAACAUCUGAACAGGUAUUGCAAAGAAAGAAACUGUCAUCCCUUAUACAUAACAUAUAGAGUGUAUUUAAAAAUAUAAAAAUUGUAUUGUACUAAUAUGAAGAUUUGAUUAUUUAAUGAAAAAGAUGGCUUGUUUUGCAAUAAGUAGGUAAAUACUGAAAUUUUAAACUUACAUUGUAGUUGUGUGUGCAGUUAUAUUUUAUAUGGACAACUAAAUUUUCUAUUAAUUUGAGUUGAAUUUGAAACACUGAAAUUAUUAGUAACAAAAUAAGAGUUUUAAAAAAAAAAUUGGCAUGAAUACUGCACUGUUAGCUGCAG